AUGUCUAUCAUCCCACCAGACUCCCCCGGGAGCAAUCACUCCUUCCCCGGAGGCAGCUCCCUCAAGCCAGAGAAGCACGACAUUGACCACCUGGAAGACGUCGAUGUCGAGGCUAGCAGAGACCAGGACCUCCGCUCGAGGAACCGCAAUGUCAGCGCCAAGAUUCAGAACCCGCUAGCGGGUUUGUCUAAGGGCAAGCUCCUCGAUUUGGCGGACCAAUUUACCCGGGAACACGACUUUGAGGAGAAGCAAGAUCUCUUCCGCCGAGCAGCGCUUGUAUCCCAGAACCCGAACGAGUUUGAGCUCAUUCCGGAGCUUACGGAGGACGAUCGAUACUGGCUACGUCGUGAAAUCACGAACAAGUGGGACCAGACACGAGCCUUGUACUUUCUCGUCAUCGUCUGUAGUAUCGGUAGUGCUAUCCAAGGCUGGGACAACACGGGUGCCAACGGAGCCAACCUCAGUUUCCCCGCCGAAUUCGGUAUAGUUGACAACACCUGGCUCGUCGGCAUGAUCAACGCCGCCCCCGCCAUCACGGUCGGAUCUGUCAGCGCCAUGCUCACCGACCCUAUCAACCACUACAUUGGUCGCCGUGGAACUAUCUUUGUCACCGGUCUCUUCUGUGUCUUCCCUGUACUCGGGCAAGCCUUUGCCAAGAACUGGUGGGAGCUGUUCAUCUGCCGGGUAUUGAUUGGUGUGGGAAUGGGUAUGAAGAUCACUACUAUUCCUAUCAUGACUGCCGAAACCGCCCCGGCAGCCAUCCGUGGUGCAUUGGUCAUGUCAUUCCAGCUCUGGGUCGCAUUCGGUAUCCUCGCAGGAUUUUGUAGCAACUUGAUCUUUUACAGGAUCGGUAAGAAUGCUUGGAGGGUGCAAUUGGCUGCUGCUUUUGCCCCUGCUGUACCGCUCCUCUUCUUGAUCUGGUUCGCCCCCGAAUCCCCUCGCUGGCUCAUGAAGAAACAACGCUACCCCAAAGCCUUCAAAUCCUUCUGCCGCCUCCGUAAAUCCGAAAUUCAAGCCGCGCGCGACAUGUUUUACGCCCACUGCCAGCUCGAAGAAGAACGCGAGGUGUUCCAGGGGACGACGUACUUCACGAGGCUGGCGGAUAUCUUUGUGAAGCCGAGGUUGAGGAGGGCGAAUUUGGCGAGUUGGGUGGUCAUGCUUUCGCAGCAGCUUUGCGGUAUCAACAUCAUGUCGUUCUACUCUUCGACGAUCUUUUCGGAGGCAGGGUAUAAUACCAGGCAAUGUCUCUUGGCCAGUUUCGGCUUCGGUCUCGUAAACACAAUCUUCGCCCUCCCUGCCAUCUGGACCAUCGACACAUUCGGCCGCCGUAAUCUCCUCCUCACCACUUUCCCUUGCAUGGCCCUCAUGCUCUUCUGGGCCGGGUCCAUGUUCUUCCUCCACGAAUCCAACUCUGCCCGUGUCCCCGUGCUGGCACUCGCCAUAUAUCUCUUUACCGCAUUCUACUCCCCCGGCAUGGGUCCGGUACCUUUCGUCUACGCCGCUGAAGCUUAUCCUUUGACUCAUCGAGAGUCCGGGAUGAGUUGGGCGGUGCAGCAGAAUAACAUGUGGUCUGCGGUAUUGGGGCUGACGUUCCCGACGAUGUUGGCAAAGUUCAAGCCUUGGGGUGCGUUCUACUUCUACGGAGGCACGAAUCUGUUGGCGUGGACGCUGGUGUUCUUCUUCACACCUGAGACUGCUCAACGAACACUAGAAGAACUCGACUAUGUCUUCGCCGUGCCCGUACCCGUAUUUGCCAAGUACCAAGCUACCACCUUCCUCCCGUGGUUCAUCAAGCGCUACGUUCUCUGGCAAAAGUCGGCGCACUUGGAGCCGCUAUACAAGUUGGAAGGGGUCGCGUCUGAGAGGACCGAGGUGGAGAGGUUCCAUUAG